UUUCUUGGGUGUUUUUUGUGUGAACCCAGUAGAGUGUCGCAUUGACUUUUACUCUACGAACCAAAGAGUAUUUUUUGCUAUAUUAUUUCAUGAGGUCACAAGACAGGUUGUGAAGAUAUACACGUUUUAGAUGAAGUUACCUGUUUAAAUAUUUCUGAAAUGGGUAAAAAGGAUAAAGGCGAUCGGGAGAAAAAGUCCAAAAAGCGUUUCUUUGAGGAAGAAGAAGAUGAGGAAGAAGUGGUGGGCAGCGAAUCUCAGGAAGCAGUACCCGCUGCAGCCGGGAAGCAAGUGGAUGAAUCCAGUACCAAACUGGAUGAGUAUGGAGCCAAAGACUACCGUGUUCAGAUGCAGUUAAAGAACGAUCACUCGUCACGGCCUCUCUGGGUGGCCCCAGAUGGACACAUCUUUCUUGAAGCCUUCUCACCAGUGUAUAAGUAUGCCCAGGACUUCUUGGUGGCAAUUGCAGAACCGGUGUGCAGACCCAACCAUGUCCAUGAGUACAAACUGACAGCCUAUUCUCUGUAUGCGGCUGUCAGUGUAGGGCUGCAAACCUCGGAUAUUGUGGAGUACCUGCAAAAACUGAGCAAAACAUCUGUACCUGAUGGAAUUGUGCAGUUCAUUAAGCUAUGCACAGUGAGCUAUGGCAAGGUUAAACUGGUGCUCAAGCACAAUAGGUAUUUUGUUGAGAGUGCCUUCCCUGAUGUGAUUCAGCACCUCCUACAGGAUAAUGUGAUUCGUGAAUGUCGCCUUCGUACUGCAGAUGGAGCAGACACUGAACUUAUUACUGAAGUCAUUCACAGCAAGUCAGCGAUAUCCAAAUCAGUUCAGGACAAGGGUGGUGCUUCCACCUCACAGCAGCCAAGUGAUGGUCAAACAUCAUCCCAACCGGUCCCUGAGGACAUUUUCAGCUACUAUGAGCAGAUGGAUAAGGAAGAGGAGGAGGAGGAGGAGACUCAGACGGUGUCAUUUGAGAUUCGCCAGGAAAUGAUUGAAGAACUGCAGAAGCGUUGUAUUCAGUUGGAGUACCCCCUCCUGGCAGAGUAUGAUUUUCGCAAUGAUACAGUUAACCCAGACAUCAACAUCGACCUGAAGCCCACUGCUGUGCUGCGACCCUAUCAGGAAAAGAGUCUGCGCAAGAUGUUUGGAAAUGGACGUGCUCGCUCAGGGGUCAUUGUGCUGCCCUGUGGGGCAGGAAAAUCUCUGGUGGGUGUAACGGCUGCAUGCACAGUACGUAAACGCUGCCUGGUGUUGGGCAACUCCUCUGUGUCUGUGGAGCAGUGGAAGGCCCAGUUUAAGAUGUGGUCCACCAUUGAUGACUCCCAGAUCUGCCGCUUCACCUCUGAUGCCAAGGACAAGCCCAUCGGCUGUUCAGUGGCCAUCAGCACCUAUUCUAUGCUGGGUCACACCACCAAGCGCUCCUGGGAGGCCGAGAGGGUCAUGGAGUGGAUGCGGAGCCAGGAGUGGGGACUUAUUAUCCUAGAUGAGGUCCAUACUAUUCCUGCCAGGAUGUUUCGUCGUGUUCUGACCAUUGUUCAGGCUCAUUGCAAGCUCGGGCUUACUGCCACUCUGGUCAGGGAAGAUGACAAGAUUGUCGAUCUCAACUUCCUAAUUGGACCAAAGUUGUAUGAGGCCAACUGGAUGGAAUUGCAGAACAAUGGCUACAUUGCCAAAGUCCAGUGUGCAGAGGUGUGGUGCCCCAUGUCUCCAGAGUUUUACAGAGAAUAUGUGGCCAUUAAGACAAAGAAGCGCAUCCUGCUUUAUACGAUGAACCCCAAUAAGUUUCGCGCUUGCCAGUUUCUCAUUCGGUUCCACGAGAGGCGCAAUGACAAGAUCAUUGUGUUCGCUGACAAUGUGUUUGCCUUGAAGGAAUAUGCUAUUCGUCUCAACAAGCCUUACAUCUAUGGACCAACCUCUCAAGGAGAACGUAUGCAGAUUUUACAAAACUUCAAACACAACCCCAAGAUCAACACCAUUUUCAUCUCCAAGGUUGGAGACACUUCGUUUGACUUGCCAGAAGCAAACGUCUUAAUCCAGAUCUCUUCUCAUGGUGGAUCACGUCGGCAAGAGGCCCAGAGGCUUGGCAGAGUCCUACGAGCCAAGAAAGGAAUGGUAGCAGAAGAGUACAAUGCGUAUUUCUAUUCCUUGGUAUCUCAGGACACCCAGGAGAUGGCUUACUCCACUAAGAGACAGAGGUUCCUGGUAGACCAGGGAUACAGCUUUAAGGUGAUCACCAAGUUGGCAGGUAUGGAGGAAGAGGACUUGAUGUUUUCCAACAGAGAAGAGCAACAGCUGUUGCUACAGAAGGUACUGGCUGCUUCAGACCUUGAUGCUGAGGAAGAAGUGGUUGCAGGGGAGCUGGGCACACGACCACAGUUCUCAAGGCGAACAGGCACCAUGAGCUCCAUGUCGGGAGCAGAUGACACUGUCUACAUGGAAUACCAAAGUCGAAGUAGUAAAGCUCUACUAUCAAGCAAGAGUGUUCAUCCACUGUUCAAGCGCUUCAGGAAGUGAUUUGGGCCCUGACUCCUAUGGACUUAGUCAGCAGGGUGCAAUCACUUCAGCAGCAGGUUCAGAUGAACAGAACAAUAACUGGAGACAGCCUGAAAGUCAUCUGAAGCUGAACUUUCCACUAGCUCCCCAGACACUGGUGAUAAUGACUGAACUGAUCUGAAAUGCAGCAAAUGAAGAUGACAGGGCUCACCUCUGGUAAAUUUGACAUUAUCAUUUCCACCUUCUUCAGCCUCCUACGUUGACAGUAUUUUUCAAUGAAAUGCACUGUAAUGUUCACUGUGCCAACUACUGCUAUUGGCUAUUGGCACUUAUUUCAAUUAAAACUUUCCAGUGAGCAGUUUGAGUUGUUUGUUCAGUAGUGUAGCCAGUAAAUCAGGACCUACUCAGAAAGUAGUGGCAAAUUACAGAACAGAAUCCUACCUAAGCCCUUUCCUGUGAAACUACAGCAGUAUUCAAUUUAGCAAGCAGUAGGCAACAUAGAAGAGGAAGCACUACUUUUACAUUUCAUCGCUUCAGCGGGACCGUGCUCCGGGCGCGUGGCCACCUGGGGCACCAUGACCUGCUUUUGGUUUCCUCUGGUCAUUCCAACAAGUCACAUGAAACGUGUCACGUUGUUGGUGCCAAUAACUGCCCACUGGAAACACAUGAAAUGGGGGAUAUGGGGAGAUUCAGGAUGUGCCAGUAAUUCCUUAAAAUUCCAGUUAAUCCCACAUGCUGCAGCUCAAGCCCUGACCCGUAAUUACAGGAUCAUAUUUAUCCUAUGUAAGCUUCUCUUGUUUGGCUCCUAAUAAAAUCUAGACUAGAAUUUAAAAUCCCUCGUCUUGGAUACAAAGCACCCAAUGAUCAGUGACCUCAUAGUCCCAUAUUAACACUUGCCUACAGUGCAGGUCAACUCGUGCUUGUGUGGAUCUGCUUUUGUAGUACAAACACAUGCAUUUGGCUUGAAUGCUAACUAAAUAACCCAUAGGUGUGAAUAUGGUGGCGAAUGAGUGUUUUUCUGUAGGGAUUUUGACAUUUUUCUUUGACGGAUUGGUGACCUGUCCCCCUAAACACUACCUCGUGCAGAAAGUGCAGUGCUUAUUGCACAGAAGUUGAAAAAUGACCCUGUGAGUCUUUCUAGGAACAGUAUAGGAUUAUAGUCAGUAAAACUGAGAUGGACUGCAUGGGUAAAUUGUGACUGAAAAACAAAUGAUGAUGUAGAGAUGUAGCAAAGUUCAAACAAACAGCCUAACACUAAACUCUUGCUUUGUCUGUUUCUUCCACUUUGUCUGCACAGUCAUCAUCUAAAUAGUGAUAGUGGAUGCUGAUUCCCCUGCUUCCACACACAGUGAGAAGACAUCCAGUUUUGUUAACUGGUGGUUCUAAUUUGCCCAAGGUUGUGGUUGUCUGUCAUAGGCCUUGUAAUGGACUGGUGACCUGUCCAAGGGUGUUCCCUACCUUUUGCCCCACGUUAGAUGUUAUUUGUUCCAGCACCCCAUGGCCUUUAUAAAUGGGUUUAAUCUGAACUAAAGUUUCCUAUUCAACGACUGGUGAAAUGUAUUAUAUAAAAGUACUGCCUGUUUAGUGCAGCACUGCUAGAAACUGAAAUGACCCUGGGUCUCUGCUCUCUAGGAACACAAGAGGAUUAUACACAAUCAUACUUCAGCUGAGAUGGACUAGAUGGAUCAACUGCACUUUUGAAGAUUAUGACACUAAAGAAAUAAAAAAUCCUAUUAGUAUAGAUGAAACAAAGUCCAAACCACAAAACGAGCUGAAGGCCUCAACGUGGGUCUCGUUUUACUCUCACCUGCCAGUUGUUACCUUCCUGUCUGCUCUGCAGUAUCUUGGUUCAACUAGUGGACGUUUCCUUUCAUUUUGCCACUGAUUUGGCCUUGUAGUGUGCAGAGCAGUGUGCUGGCAGAGCUGUAGCAGCCUGGAGAAAGGUCUCUAGGUGUGUGAGAUGCAGCCACGUUGCAGAGAUGAUUGUUUGUGCAGCGUGAGCCGGAUUUCUGCUUUCAUUAAGCAUUUCAAGGAAAACGGAUUUAGGCGCCAUAAGAUUUGAGCACGUAGGAUUUUGUUUUAGGGGGUCAUUUCGUGACGUUAAAACACAUUUCAUGAUAACCAGUCAAAGGCGAUUCAGGAGCUUCUUGAUUCUGGUGGAAACCAAAUGUCCAACAAAAACUUUAUUCUUUACUACAAAUUGAAAUUAGGCCAGUGUUGCUUAUUCGACUGGGCUGGAUACAUCAAAAAUAUGACCACAUAUUUAAGUUUACAUGUGAACAUGACUAAGUAAAGUAUUUACCUAUGUUAAUUUAAUAAGAUAACAUAUACAUAAACAGUUUGACUUGUAUAGGCCUCAAGAUGAACAUGUGAAAGAAAGCCAUUUAACCAAACUCCAACAAUAAUCCUGAACCUUUGCUUUUUUCUGCAAUGUACAAAGAUAGUCCCAUAAAUAAUAAAAUGUUUUUCUUUAUUUUCA